AUGGGACAGCACGGAUCUUGUGUCAGUAUCCUUUUUUCAGGAACGCUCGUUGCCUCAUCAAUUGCUCUUCACACACUUUUGACGCGGAUUCUUCCAGUAGAUGUGGUUUUUUACGCUCCUGCCAUUACAUGGGGCUUUACCUGUCUAUGUCUGCAGAAAGCAAUAAGCCACGCUUACACGCUGAUGCUUAUGGCACACUUCAUUUUGGCCUCUGCUUGCUACUGGAAACUCGGCACGUCAAAUGCCGUUUUAAAUCGUGUUCUUCUUUACCCACUUGUGGGGUCAGUGAUGGCCUUGGUCUCUGCUCGCUACUUACCCGCUGUACCAAGCCAUGGGAUGGCUGCAGUAGCACUACUACAAGGAUGGUCUAUUGUUGGAUGGUUUUUGAUGGCUGUAGUAUUUCCUGCAAGUAUUAUUAGCAGCAUUGAGCCGCAGGAAGUGCGUGGAAAGCGUCUGGAAAAUUUUAUGCGUCAACCUGAUGGAAGGCGUGUGGAGUCGCUCACUGUCCCGUCAAGUAAUGGCGUUAACUUGGAUGUUGUAGUGGUACAAACAGAAGAGGAGACAGAUCGCUGGAUAAUUUACUUUGGUGGAAAUGCAGAGAUGAUUGAGGACACAGUGGAGGAAAUGUCUGGUCUGACAGAAAUAGUUCGGGGCAACUGGGUUUUCUACAAUCCACGAGGGGUUGGGCGCAGUAGUGGGUAUGCUGCAGAGGUGCGGGACCUUGUAGAUGAUGCGGUGCAUGUUGUCCGCCAUGUCUCUAGCCGGUAUUCGAUACCUCCAAAGAAGCUCUUGCUUUGGGGACAUAGUAUUGGUGGAGGCAUCGCGGCAGCUGUGGUGCGGCGGGAAUGUAUGGAGUCUCCCCUUCUGUUGGAUCGAACGUUUUCAAGUCUUUCAGACGCAGCUGUGGCGUUUUCACCCUUGUAUGCGACUUUGACAAGACUACUGAUUCGAUAUACGACUGGGGAUCUUGACGUGGUUGCUGAUUGCAAGAUGGCAGCAAGGAACAAGAAGCUGGUGAUCUAUCACCGGAUGGACGAGGUCAUCGCGUAUGACGUCGCCUCGUUGGGUCGAAAAGAUGUUCUUCGUGAGUUGCGUGUGAAGGAAGGAAUGGUGGUGGAACUGCAUGGAGCACGUGUACAGUCACCUCAUAACAGCCUUUUGUCUGCAUUUGAGGAAAGAAUGACUCUGUGUCGCUGCGUUUCUGAGCUUUUUCGAUGA